AUUCGUUUUGCGUUUGAUCGGGACAAUUACGUUUCGAUCUCGUGGGCGAGAUUUGAAAGUGGUUUUUCUAGACCGUUAGGUUUAAUGAGAAACACCAUGAAGAGGCUCGUGUUCGUCUUACAGAUCGCUUUCUUUAUCUCAGUCGUAAGUGGAUUCAUAAACGUUUAUCCUAAAUUGAAAAGUUAUCCAUUUCCCGACGAUGAAGAUACGGGAGAGCCUCUAUUCUUGACGCCUCUUAUCGAAAGUGGCAAGAUAGAAGAGGCUCGUAACAAAGCGGUCGUACAGCACAAAGAAAUGGAUGAUGUCAGCAGUUAUGCCGGUUACCUAACCGUCAAUAAAUAUUACAAUUCGAACAUGUUCUUUUGGUUUUUCCCAGCUGUGCACAAUCCGAAAACUGCUCCUGUAAUGUUAUGGCUUCAAGGGGGUCCAGGUGCUACAUCCAUGUUUGGUUUAUUUAUUGAAAAUGGUCCAUUCAUAGCAACUGCAAACAAAACUCUUGCAAUGCGUAAAUAUUCUUGGAACAAGUCACAUAAUAUAAUUUAUAUCGAUAAUCCGGUGGGUACUGGAUAUAGUUUCACUGAGAAUGAUAAAGGAUAUGCCACCAAUGAAACUCUUGUGGGAAGGGAUGUUCAUACUGCACUGGUACAGUUCUUCAAACUGUUCCCAGAACUACAGAACAAUGAUUUCUAUGUCGCUGGUGAAUCUUAUGCUGGGAAAUAUGUACCUGCAGUGUCUCAUGCAAUCAAAGAUUUCAAUAUCAAAGCAAAGACAAAGAUAAACUUGAAGGGUUUGGCAAUUGGGAAUGGUUUGACUGAUCCAGAGAAUCAGUUACACUAUGGAGAUUAUUUGUAUCAGUUGGGAUUAGUUGAUGAAAAUGGAAGAGACUUGUUCCAUAAGUAUGAAGAAGAGGGAAGAAGUCUGAUUAGACAAGAGAAGUAUGAAGAAGCCUUCCAAGUGUUUGAUGACCUUCUUAACAGUGACUUAACUGGGUAUCCAUCAUUGUUCAAAAACUUGACUGGAUUUGAUUACUACUUCAAUUAUCUGCAUACCAAAGACUCGAAUGAUUCUGACUAUAUGUCAGAAUGGAUUCAGAGGCCAGAUGUGAGGAAAGCAAUACAUGUUGGUAAUUGCUCAUUCCAUGUUGAAGAUAAUACAGUAGAAAUGCAUCUAAAAGCUGAUGUUAUGAAGUCUGUGGCAGUCCUUGUAUCAGAUCUUACACAGCAUUAUAGAGUUCUCUUGUACAAUGGACAGCUUGAUAUUAUUGUUGCUUACCCUCUGACAGAGAGUUAUUUGCAACAAUUAAAAUGGCCUGGUGCUGAAAAAUAUAAAGUAGCUCUUAGAAAACAGUGGUGGGUUGAAAAUGAAUUAGCUGGAUAUUCAAAAACUGUUGAUAACUUAACUGAAGUUAUGGUAAGAAAUGCUGGUCAUAUGGUUCCUGCAGAUCAGCCUAAAUGGGCUCUUGAUCUCAUUACUCGUUUUACACACAAUAAAAGUUUCUAAUUACUUGUAUCAACCAAUCUGACAAAAUAUGUGAUAAUUCUUAUUAUAGUUGUACUUACUGCAGUAUAGCCAUAAGAAAAUGUUAACUUAAGCUAUAUGGCAACGAAUAAAACUGAAACGUAAUCAUACUACAAAUGCAAUACUGAUAUGUAAUUUUAUAAUGAAAGAGGUAGUAAACUUUUAUUGAUACAUGAAAA